AUGCCCAAAUCAAACCCUCGUCGUGAUCGUCUGGCUGAUAAAAUAGAUAAGGAAGGUUUCUUUUCUCCUCCUUGUCUCCGUUGUUCCGAAAUGAGUGCUUCCAAUAUGUCUUGUGAAUGUAAACGAAUCUCGUCAAAUCGAAAAUGCAAUAAUUGUGUGCGUUCUGGCGUCAAGUGUGAACGUGAUUUUCAUAAUGAACGAAAAUGGCAAAAUUUGGAGCGUGAUCGAAUGAGAUUAGCCGCCGACCUCGAAGAUGCGGAGCGUUCAAAUGAUGAGGCACUGGCGCGUCUUUCCGAGACGUCUGCCAAAUUGGCCCGGUUGCGGAAACAUAAACGGUUUCUUGAGGCUCGAAAUAAGGCUAUGUUAGAGAAUGACGUGGCUCUUCUUGAGGAGUUGGAUUCUCAAGUUUCCUGGCCUGUUGCUGAGACCGCUUCUCUGGAUGCUCAGCUUGCUGCGGUGACAGAUGAUCCUAGUCUGUCUCAGAUGAUGAAUUCUCCUUCCUUUUGGGAGAACUUCGACUCUGCUGUCGCUGGUGGUAUUCCUUCACCAACUGGUGGCAACCAGUCAAGUUCGCAAUAG